GUCACUUUGGCGUCGUUCAAAGGUCGUCCUUAAAUCAUAGUCUCGUCACGAGUAGUUUUGUAAUUGUAUUUUAAUUGUUAUCUAAAUCCCACCGUGGUCAUUUGGGCUAAAUAGUUACUUAAGUGAAUGGAAGUCAGAUUAGGCUCAAUUCAAAAAGAAGUAUUCACGAACGUUAACACUGACUAGUACACUCAUCCCUAGCCCCCAACAUUGGGGAAACUUCCCCAGGUCUAAGUAAAUUUCGGGUUUUUGCGCCAUUUCCCCAAAAUUUACUAUAGCGGCUUUCCCAAAAUGGGCCAAAGUUUUCCCAAAAUUGGGAGCUUGGGAUCUAAAGCACAUCGAUGAAUUAUAGUUCCAAAAUAUUGAAAAAGUUGGUAAAAUGUUUGGAAGUAGACUUUCCAGGGUGGAAAUUGAAUAAUAAUGAGAAUCUACUGUUAUCAAAAAGUCAGUGACUUGAAGGCCUGCAUGAAUAGAGUUCGGUUAACUUCCAGAAAACAAUCAAGAUGAAUAUCAGAUGGACUAAAAACUAGGCUCUUAAACAGGAAACCCUUCAGUUAUAGGGUCUGAAUAACUUGCUCUUGAAGAUAGCUCUUAUUAAAACGACAAUACCCGAAUGACAACAGUGAACUUGAAUUGAUAAUCAGGUUUACAAUUUCAGUGACUGACUCAAACUACAUUCAGUGGAAUUACUGUUCUCUGGAUGCUUAUCAUUUAAGAAAGUUGAUUACAAAGCACUGAAGCCAAAAAUCGUCAUUUUACUCAUGCAUAACUAUGAUAUCGUAUUAUUAAAUUCACUAGAACAGUAGUAGGAGAAUAUUCUCCCCAAAGACAGAUAUUUCAGACAAUACUGCCUUCAUAUUAUAACAGUAAGAAAGAGAGACCGUCCCAAGAGUUGUGUGAUUCACAAUGACCAUGACUUUCCUUUUCUAGCGUCGGUAUAUUGGAACAGAUAAAUUCAACAAAACCCCCUUCCGUUUUUUAAAAUAGAUAUUGUUUUAUGGAGCUCAAGCAGAUAGUUAUUAGGCUAUGUAAUCGCUAGCCCACUUUCCCCUUCUAAUACUUCGUGAUGUCUUUUCUUGAUGUGGGUAAUCAGGAUUUACGAGCAACGUACCCAAGUUUAGAGACACGGUAACAUUUUUUAGCUGUCUAACUGAUUUUCUGCAUCAUCACGCCGUUACAAAUAAGAGAUUUUAUGUGGACAGUGAUCACUUGGCGGCAUGAAUGGAGCUUGGAUGCUUAUAUGUUUGUGUGAAAUUUCGUCUUAAUAUGACUGCGCACGAGUCUGCACCAAAUGAAUAGCAAAGGACAAAACAACUGGUCACUAACUUGUUUAGUGGUUUAAAACGUUGAAUUUGUCACAACUAUGAGUGCAAAUAUUGAAAAGAUAUUUCUUAAUGUAAUGACGUCACGGCCUUUAUAUCAAUGGGCUGAUUUCGAAAAAUCACUAUUUUAUGCUCAAGAGGUUACGCGUAUUACUUAUGUGAAGGGCGAUUUCGAAAAAAUGCACACUGAUAAAGGGACACGAUAUAAGUACAUUAAUUACAAAUGUUCUCAUUCAACUGGACCAUCAAACUCUCCGAAUAUGAACAAUACCAAUGGUGUUAAUGAAGGAUGUACUGCAGCAUUCCAAGUUCGAUGGGUUGAUAAUUGUUAUGUAGUCACCUUUAUAAAUCAGGAACAUAAUCAUAGUCACUCUUCAAAUAAUCGGGCGAAGAAAGCACCAGAAAAUAAAAGGAGACAUAUGGAUGCAUCGAAUGGAAAGAAAAGCCAAGGAAAUAAUCAAAGUUUUAAUCAUCCAAUAGUUAUAUCAAGUAUUCGAGACCAAAUAGCUCAAAGUAGUGAAACUUUGGACCAGGUUCUAUCGAUUAUCAAUCGGAAUUCAUAUGUUGGAAUUGAAAGAAAUUCUUCGGAUCAAGUAACACAAAUUACAUUAGCACGUUACGAACAAGUUGACGUAUAUCGUCAAUAUCCAGAAGUAGUACUUUUAAACGCUGCUUACGAUGUGAAUUCAACGGGAUUUUCAUUAUUUCAAUUUGUUGUGACUGACGGUUUUGGUUGUCCUAGACCAAUUAUGUAUUCAAUAAGCACUAUCCAACAAAAAGAAGAGAUAAAAAUUCUAUUAAAUCAUUUUUGCGGUAUUGUUAGCAGCGUUGAUGACACUCGCACAUUUAUAAUGGAUUGUGCUAUAGUUCAGUUGGAUGUUGUACAAAAAAUGUUUCCGAAAGCCAGAAUCUUACUGAAUCCUUUCAUUAUUAAAGAAUCAUUUACAAGAAAAUGCGAUAGUCUCACAGCUGUUGCAGUUUUUCACGCAAUGAUUACUACAGUAUCUCCUUUACAAUUUGAUUAUUACCUGGAGAGAUUAAAAAAUACGAGUAUUAAUGCAUAUAAUUACGUGGUGAAUACAUGGAUUCCUACAAAGAAAAUGUGGGCAGCUUCAUAUUGUCUGGAUGCUGUAACUCUUGGCGCCAGUACUGCUGAAAUCAUUAAAGGUGUAAAUUUCAGCUUUAAAGAAUCACUGAAAAAGCUUACUUCUGUUAAAGAAAUUAUGACUAUAAUAUAUAAUGAAGCUGGAAAGCAAUGGGUUUAUCCUAGUAUCAGUAUCAUCUCAUCAUCAUCGUUGUCAUUCCCUGGACAUUCUACUAAUAAUCUAAAUAAUAACAAUAAUUUAUCAGAGAAAUUUAAAUAUAUUUUAGAAAAAUUAACUGAUUAUGCAGCAGAAAUGGUCUACAAACGUUUAACUAAAGUUGAUAAAGUCAAUAUAGAUUUCACCAAUGAACAAUUAGCUUUAUGCGCAGAUUCUUCAUUUGUAUAUGAAGUUGAUCGUGACAAUGCUACAUGUUCUUGUUCAUUCAAUAUAUCGUCGUUUCUUCCUUGUGAACAUUUAUUAAAGGUGUUUAUGGUUCAUGGCCUACAUAAAGACUUACUAUAUCGAAGUAAACGAUGGCUUCAAUGUAACAAUCAAAAUUUAUCUAAGCCACCGAUAGUAGUAGUUACUGAACCAACAAAUCAAUCAAGUAUUUGUUUAGAUUAUAAAAAAGCUGUAACAGAUACAAUUGAAAAAUUAAAAGAUUUUCAAACACAAUAUUCGGAACAAGUUGUACUUGAAACAGCUAAACAAAUAACUAGUCUAUUAGAAUCAGUAUUACCAAAGUCAUCUAUAAUUUCAAUAAAUAAUAAAUAGUGAAUUUUUCUUGAUUAAGCGAACAGUUCAAUGAUUCUAUUUCAACAUAAAAUUCCUUGUAUAUAUAUAUCUAUAUUGAUUUAGUUAUGAAUAGGAUGAAAUACAAUAAUGUACAGCAGAUCAGUUUUUAUCCCAUUAUACAAAAUCCACAGAUUCUACAGAGAUGUAUUCAACAUUUAAGAUAAUAUUCUGCUAUAUAAAUAUUUUUAUGUAACUUGAAUAAAACUUGACAAACAGCUGUUGAAUGAAUAAAAAAGCCUGUUCAUUCUUGUUGUAUCGCUGUUUGUGUUGUUAGUUCUCAAACUGUGUCCACUUAUGAUCCAACUUCCUGCAGCACUUUUAUAUAUCUACUAAAUUGUUUUAUCAAAAUUUAUAUUGAUUUUCUCAAUAUAAUAUUUUAGAUAUUGU